CCCCGCGCCCGCGGCGCCCCGCGACCAGGAUGCGCUACGCAGACCCCUCCGCCAACCGGGAUUUGUUGGGGAACCGAACUUUGCUCUUCAUCUUCAUCUGCGCCUUCGCCUUGGUGACCUUGCUGCAGCAGAUCCUGUAUGGCAGGAACUACAUCAAGAGAGGCCUCCAGUUUGGUUGGCAGAGUGGUGACCAGCUGGCCAAUUGGACGGGGCUCUUUAAUGUCACCGACAACCCAGCAGUGCAGAGCAGCAGUGACUCCAGUUCCAGGUACUUUGAAUUUUACGAGGGGCCUUUUGAAUAUAACUCCACAAGAUGCCUGGAGCUGAGGCACGAGAUACUGGAAGUGAAGGUGCUCUCCAUGGUGAAGCAGUCGGAGCUGUUCGACAGGUGGAAGAGCCUCCAGAUGUGCAAGUGGGCCAUGAACAUCUCCGAAGCCAACCAGUUCAAGUCCACUCUGUCCAGGUGCUGCAAUGCCCCAGCCUUCCUCUUCACCACCCAGAAGAACACGCCACUGGGCACGAAGCUCAAGUACGAGGUGGACACCAGCGGCAUCUACCACAUCAACCAGGAGAUCUUCCGCAUGUUUCCCAAGGAUAUGCCCUACUACCGGUCCCAGUUUAAGAAGUGUGCGGUGGUGGGCAACGGAGGCAUCCUCAAGAACAGCCGCUGCGGGAGGGAGAUCAACAGCGCUGACUUUGUCUUCCGGUGCAAUUUACCCCCCAUCUCAGAGAAGUAUACCGUGGAUGUGGGGGUGAAGACAGAUGUCGUCACGGUGAACCCCAGCAUCAUCACGGAAAGGUUCCACAAGCUGGAGAAGUGGCGGCGGCCCUUCUACCGCGUGCUGCAGGUGUACGAGAACGCGUCGGUGCUGCUGCCCGCCUUCUACAACACGCGCAACACCGACGUGUCCAUCCGAGUCAAGUACGUGCUGGACGACUUCGAGUCGCCGCAGGCCGUCUACUACUUCCACCCGCAGUACCUGGUCAACGUGUCGCGCUAUUGGCUCAGCCUGGGGGUGCGCGCCAAGCGCAUCAGCACCGGCCUGAUUCUGGCCACCGCGGCGCUGGAGCUGUGCGAGGAGGUGCACCUGUUCGGCUUCUGGGCCUUCCCCAUGAACCCCUCUGGCCUCUACAUCACCCACCACUACUACGACAACGUCAAGCCGCGCCCCGGCUUCCACGCCAUGCCCUCCGAGAUCUUCAACUUCCUGCACCUGCACAGCCGCGGCAUCCUCCGCGUGCACACGGGCACCUGCGGCUGCUGCUGAUGCGGCCACGCCGGCUGCCCGCCCACAACCGAACCACCUCUCCUCCUCUCUCUUCUGGCGGGACUGGGGGCGCUUGGCCUGGCAGUGCAGGGACCUGGUGAGCAGGCUGUUGCUCUCUCAAGUAAUUCAGCUUUGUGCUUGGGUCCUGGGGCUGGAAGUCAGGGCUGGGGUGCUCUGCAGGGUGCUUUCUGCUGGGCACAGCCCCAAAUCAGGGGCCUCGGGAUUGCAAGUGAAUGAAACACAUUUCCCCUCAAUUUUAGCUUGUGAGAGAGCACAGACUGAAGUGGUCUUGUGGCUGAAGGAUGACCCUAAGGACCAGAGGGAGGAAAUAGGACAUCUGAGCACAGUCAAGAUUUCAUUCAGGCCUUUGGAUUCUUGACUUUUAUACCAAGGACUAGCCAUGGAUUAUCAUCUCAGAGCUUAGAGGCCAACCAGUGGCCAGAUCUUCCAGUGAAGAAAGAGCCGUUCAGAGCUCUUGGGGUGAGCACCCCAGCUGCACCUAGUGGAGACCUGGGUUACUAUCUUCCCUGAGAGCCGGUGGCCAAAGACAGCCACACCUUUUCAAACACACCCUGGGACACACACAGUCUUGGUGCCCCUAGGUUCCAUCCUGCAUUUGACCUCUUGAUGAGAAGGAAAUAAAACUGGCCAGCCAUUUGCACUAAGGUUUCCAAGCCAAUGCUAUCGACUCAAUAAGUGCUUAGCAAUUUGCUUCCUCUUCUGUCUCCCUAUUUUCAGCUCCAUUUUAUCCAGGAGUUAUUUAUAAAGAUGCGUUCCUCUUGAUGUUCCUGAAUACUGCAGAAUCCUGCUAUACUGUGUUCCUGAAUGGGGACAAUCAGCUGGAAAAUGCUGCCUUGUCACAUGAGCUUAGUGACUGGAAGCAAGCAAGGUGGGGCCUCAGACACCAGCAUCCCUGAGGUUUCUGCCAGGAAGGCGGGGACCCCCCUGCAGUGUGGGCCUGAUGUCUUCACCACAGGGACUCAUGGGGCCUGGGCUUCUGAGAAUCAGCUGUGCCUAGCCUGAGAGGGGUCCCUUGUCAUUUCACAUCGGAAAUCCUUCCCUCUGCUUUCUCCUCCCCCCAGGGGGUUCCACCAUGAAUGUGAUUGUGCCUAACAGACUCUGCUGGGGAAUUGCCUUAGAGCAUAGCUGUGUAGAAGCAAAGAUGUUAGUGCUGGGAGGCUUCAGCCUGCCCAUCCAUCUCCUCCUUUCCCUCUCUUGCCCUCUCCUUCCCUUCUGUCCUCUCUUUCCUCUUCCCUUCUUCCUUUUUUCCCUCCCUCCCUCAGACAUUUCUGGAGAAGAACCUGUUCUGGUCUUUGAUUGACCUUGGGCAGACUAGGGGUGGGGGGUAGGGGGUGGUGACAAAGGCACCAUCCCUGUUUCCGAAGGUGGAGGAGGAUUACACACAUACUGCAGUCCCACAUGUGAGCACAGCAGGGAGGGGACCCCCUACCUGAUCACCUCAUUCUUCAGGCAGAGCUGCAGGGCAACCUGAGAGACAGAAAACACGGACCUGGAAGGAUCUCAAAGGCCAUUUGUCUCAUUUAAGGAAACAGACCCAGAAUAGGGAAGUGGCCUGGGUCAAGUCAUGCUUGGGGCUCUACCAAGGGCCUGCUGAGGACAAAGCCCUCUCUGGGGGCUGUCUGGGCAGGAGGUGGGCGUGGAUAGGGCCAGAGCCUUGGUUGGUGGGAUACCAGGAUCCCCACAGACAAGGAUGUUGGGAUUGAAAUUUGCGCCAGCCAGGGUCCUCAUAGGACCUGGGGAUGAAGCAUCCUGGUCCAUCCCAUGUUGGAGUUAGGACACUGGGCUUAUGGCUGUACUUUCUGCCUGUGGAUCUUAGGACACGUCCCUGCUCCCUUCAGGAUCUUGGUUUCCUCAUCUCUGCCAGGAGAGGUUUAGAAAAUAUAUCUGAGGUCUCUACAAUCUCCAUUUCUUCCUUUGGUGCUUUACCACUGAGCUACAUCCCCAGCUCUUUUAUUUUUUUAAAUUUUGAGAUAGGGUUUUACUAAGUUGCUUAGGGCCUUGCUAAGUGGCUGAGACUAGCUUUGAACUCCCGAUCCUCCUGCAUCAGUCUCCUGAGUGGCUGGCAUUAUAGGUGUGUGCCACUGCAUCCAGCACAAUCUCCGUUUUUUUGAGGUGUUUGUGAUGUAUGGAUCUAAGCCAUAAAUAUUUACUUUUAUAAUAGUUAAGACUGACCACACUGUCAUCGUGUGCCAGGCACUAUGCUAAGCCCUUUCCCUGCAUGAUCUCCUAUCGUCAUCACAAGACCCCUCAGGUGAGGAGGCUCCCAUGAUGCAGGGGAGGAGACUGAAGGUCAGGGUGACUUGGAAACUUGCUCACAGUCAGAUUCCCAGCGGAGGCACUGCACCUAGGUCUGUGGAGCCCCAAAUCCUGCCUUAGCUCCCCAGCUACUGUCACCAGGGCUUGAACAUGAGGACUCCAGACCAAGAUGCCACUGCAGGGUGGUGCUAGGCCCUGUUCUAGGGUCAGAUGCUCUGGGAGGCUGUCCUGGGUCUAGGCACAGCCUCUGUUUGUGGGUGCCUCUCCCCAGCCCUGCCACCUGCAGCAGUACUAAGCCACUUUCAGUGGCCUUGAGGGUAACUGAGGUGGUCUCCAUGUUUUUCAGGUGAGGAAAGAUUGCCCAGAAAGCAUACACAUUAAGUGACAUCAUGAUUGACUUGCCCAGGGCCACAUGGGCAGCUAGAGGUUCUGCUGGGACUCUCCCCAGCCUCCUGACUUACCACCUUCUCUCUCCUGCAGCCAGUGUUUGUAGGAAAAUACAUUAUUUCAAAGGUGAGAGACCUGGGCAUUGACUCUGGACGCCCUCUGCCACAUUCCUGUACAGCCCUGUCACAGUGCAGUACAGACUACCAGUUCAAUUUAUAUUUAAGGGACAUUGAUUUCCCACGGACAAAACAACCACCCAGUCUUCCUUUGUGCUCAAUCUACUGCUCCGGGCUUGAAAGGCAGCAAAACCAGCUCAUGGCUCCGUGCUUAGCCAGGCAGAAAGGAAGGUGACCCAAGGUCAGGCAGGCCUCUGGGACCAAGUCAGUGAUGCGGCAGCAGCAACUCUGCUCACUGAUCGGCUGGUGCUGCAGCGGGCAGAGCAGCUUGGCAUUGUCCUGACUGCUGAGCGUUGGGGUAAAGCAGAGAAGUGCUUCCUGACCCCGGAGGGAAAGCAGAGCGUGCCCCAGCCUGGCAUUCUCUGUGUCUUCCUUGAGUGCUUAUUUUGUGCCAGGCCUUGAGCAAAGUGUAGACCCUGUUCUCCUGGUGACACAGUCUGGUGUGCGUGCACAGCUGUUGAGUGAAGCAUCCCACCAACACUUAGAAGCUCACUGUGCAGAGUGCUGUGAAAUCCAGGUUCAGAGACAAUCACCUGGUGUGUGCUUGCAGAAGUUAACUCUGAAUCCCGGAGGGUGCAGCAUAAAGAUUGUCAUUAUCAAAUAGGGCCUCUAUCUCAGGUCUCCUUGACAGCAGCAUGACAUUUGAUGCACUUGGCCCUUCUGGUCUUCUCGGAGCUGUCUGUGUUUCCUAACAAACCAUUCUUCCCUGAUGUGCCUCCUGCCUCUCUGAAUGCUCCUCCUCAAGCUUCUUUGUGAAUCCUCUUCUGUGAAGCUUCCUCAGGGUUCUCUGCUCUUACUAGGAGCGCUCCUGCAGAAAUCUCAUCUCCUCACAGCCUCCAGUUCUCCUGUCCCCACUUCUUACCCUGGGAGCAUCAGAAGCAUUCCCCUGGGGCCCCCUGAGUGUCCACACCUCAGCAGCUUCUCAGACCCCAACCUGUUCUUGACUGGUAUAGUUAAAAGAACAAUCUGGAAUCAGAGUCUCUUUCCAUUGCUUAGUAGCUAUGUGACCUGGGGGAGUUCCAGAAGCCCCUGGAGGCUCUGAUUCAUCAUCUGAAACAUGAGAACCAGACUCCAACCUGAUCAGCUAUUGCCAAGAUCAAGUGCCACUGUGUUGGGCCAUGCCUAGUUCAAGGCCUCACAAACUGGACUCUCAGUAGGCACAGGUCCCUCUGCCCCAAAUCUGGCUCCACUUCGACUCUUCCUUCUUUAGUCUCUGUUUAUUAGUUCACUAAAUCUUGUCAAUUACAGCUUGGAAAACCCCCUAGAGUUCAUUCCCUCCCUGUAGACCGGCUCUUGUCCUAAUUUAGAUCCCUCUGGCCGAUCUUUUUGCUGUCAGAGAAUUACCACCUGAAAACACCUUUUGUGGGGCCCAUUGCCUACCUGUGCUGUGAAGUCCAGGUUCUUUACCAAGUCAUGCAGGCCACAUUCCAAACUGGCUCCCUCGCCUUCCCAGAGACCCACCUGCUACCCUUCUUCCCAUGAUCCUCCAGGCACUGUGCCUUUGCACAUGCAGAUCCAAAUGCCUGGAACCAUGCCAUGCUCCUUCCUCCGGCUUCCUUCUUUUGAUCUGGCCACUUUUCCAGAUGAGGUCCAAUUAUGGGCCCUGCCAACUCUCUAUGGUCCUGGACCGGGCACUCUCUCCUCUGUGCUUCUGCUGUGAUCAGUGCUGACUCUGUUAGGACACCCUCACAACACACAGCCCCGGUGUCCAUGUCCUCGGUGGAAGGUCUGUUUUUCCCUAAGGGAAGACCCAGUAUCUGGCCCAUCUUUGUGCCCCUCACACUGGCACAGAGCCAGCUGGGGCUGUUCAGCACAUGCUCACUCCAGUAAGGAGGUCCUGCUUACCUCUCAAGCUCCAGCAGUGCAGGACACCCUGUUAAUAAACCGACUAACACCAUGGAGGAGUCAGAGCUGAGCACAGUUCUCUGCUCGUCAUUUUUUGCCUAGUACCUUCUAGGAAGGCGCAGACUCCCCUGCCCAUCCUGGGGAGCUUGGGACCCAAGAGCUGAACAUCAAUGGAGCUAGGGGGUGGGGGGCCUGUUGGGUCCAGCACCUCGUUUCUGCUUUUCCUUUUUUUAUUUUUUAAAUUUUUCUUCAUCAUCAUAAUCUUGCUCAUCUGCUUCUUGGUUGCUGACCAAUCUCUUUCUCUAGCUUAAGAAAAAGAAGGGAAAGGCAUGUUCUAUUUUUCUUUCUUUCCCUUUGUCCUCUUCUCACUCCCCUUGAGAUAAGUCAGGAUCUUGCGUUUCUGCAGCUGAAGGGCAGGAUCGGAUGCAGAAUACAAGGGAUUUAUCAACAGUGUUUCAAAAACUAGACUCAAUGCUUUGUUUUUGGCUGAGAAACAGAUGAGCUGAGCUUUUCAGAAUGUCUGCUCCAGUGGAAGGCCAGGGGCUCAUUCCCUGGGGGCUGUGGGUAGAGACAUCAUUCUGAGUUCAACACAUGCCCUGCUCCCAUCCCUCUGCAGCAAGGGAGCCUGGUUGUGACUCUGGGCCAGGUGAGGCCAGGCUAGGGGUAUGUGACUGGCCAGGGUGUGCUUUCUGCUAUUCUUGAGUGGUCUCAUCAAAAGAGGCCAAUCUGUGGAGAUGGAUUACAUCCAAGACAUUCCAGCAAGGCGGUGUGCUCCUCAAAGUCAUGUAGAUCUCCUGCAUCACGACCUGGGCGCUUGUUAAAAUGGUGAACUGAGAAUCUGGAGAGGGCGUGACACCAGGCAAUCAGCAUGAGCAACAUGUCCAGGGGUCCUUGAGCAUACUCCUGUUGUGGUUCUGUGGCUGCUGCCAUCGACUAGCAAUGUCUGGCCUAAAUUCCAGAGUGGAAUCUUGAGAAGAAGAUGAAAACAAGAAUUUGGCACACAAGGCCACUUCUACCUUUUUAUAUUUAAAUAUAAAAUAUAACCUGCAAUUAACCUAGCAACAAAAAUCAAAUGCUUGGCGACCUAUAGCGUUGACAAAAUCUGUUUUGUCUCAACACUCACAUAGAUUUCUUUCUCUUUUUAAUUGUGGUAAAAUCCACAAUUAUGGGUAACAUAAAAUUGAGCAUCUUGAUCAUUUUUCAGGGAACAGUCCAGGCAUGUUAAGAUCAUUUGCUUUAUGGUGCAACCAAUCUCCAAAAACUCUUCUUAUUUUGCAAAAUUAAAACUUUAAACCCAUUGAAUGUCAAUGCACUUUCCUCUCCCUCCCUGCCUGGCAACCAACAUUCCAUUUUCUGUCUCUAUGACUUUGUCUGCUCUAGGUCCCUCAAGUAUUUGGAAUCACAGAAUAUUGUCUUUUUGUGACUGGCUCAUUUCACUUAGCAUGAUAUAUCAAAGACUUCCUAAGUUUAAAGAAUCGCUAAGGCAAAGCUGCUUUCAAAUGACAUUAAUAGUGUUCCUUCAGCAGAAUUCUGAUUUUUGUAUUUGCUUUGAGCAGCUGUCCUGAGCCCUCGGUCAGCCUCUGGCUUCUGGAGAUCUGGGCACCUGGGUUGAGGGCAAGUGCAAACCUAGUCUUGCUUGGCCAGUGGGGCUCAGCUGUCCUUGCAGCUGCGUCGUUAGUGACAAGAGUGUUUUUAAAGGUCUUUAGAUAUUUUCUCUUGCAGAAUCUCUUUUGUGAUUUUUUUUUUUCAAAAAGAACAAUUUACACAAUCAUGACAGCUCUUGGCCACCAAAGCCAGAACUCAGUGACUGUCUCCUUCCCGUUGGAAGAUGCUUCCUUUGGCAAUGAAGUCUUGCGUGUCCUUCAGCUGAAUGAUCUUCUUGGCUUCGGAGUGUGCCUCCUAUCUCCUCUAGAACUGUGGUUCUCAAUCCUGGGUGUACUUUAGAAUUGCCAGAAUUCUUUUAAAAAUAAUUCCUAUGCCAGGUCCUCUCACCUUACUUAAAAGAUCAGAGAAUCUGUUUCAGUUGUCUUGCGGUUGGCAGCCAGAAUCCUCACCUUAAAAGAUCUCCCGGGGUGGGUGGUUCUGUUGUGUAAUGGUUGGGAAUCUUCUCCCACAAGCAGAGGGCCUGUGCUUUGGCUGUAUACCAGAGUCAUCUGCAGAGCUUUAAGAAAUUCUCAAGAGACCCCACCCCAAGAAUUUCUGAUCUGAGAUGUGACCUGGGCUAUUAGGGUUUUUCAAAUUUUCCAGGUAUUUCUAAUCUGUAGCCAGGACUGGGGACUGCUAUUCCAGAUCUGUAGUUCUCAAACUUGAGCCUGUGUCAGAUAUCUUUAGAGAGCUCAGUGGCUUUGGGCCGCACUAGAGUUUCUGGGUCAGUAAGGCUGGGCGGAACCUUUCGAGCAAGUUCCAAGCCACGCUGUGGCCAGCCCAGGGACCACACUUCCAGGAUCACUGCCCUGGAUGGUCUUUUAAUGACAGUGCCCCCUCCCCACUCCAUAUUCUUUUUUCUGGUUUGGGAUUUGUUUCCUUCCCUCAAACCUGAUUCAGACUUGAGACUUUUAAAGGUCCCAAAUGGCUUUUUUUUUUCUUCAAAAACAUUUUAAACAAGUAAAUAUUAUAAAGUCUUUUAAAAGCAAAGUGACAGAUUUCUCCCCCUAGGAUUCAGAGGCUCAGAGUAUGCCUGGAUUAGGCAUUCAUCCAUGCCUAUUAGGAUUAAGGUGCAUUUUGUGAUCCAGAAUUAAGGGAUUGGUGACACUUUGUGGCUAGUGCUGGGGUGGGAUCUGAGUACCACACUGUACCCUCUGGCAUAGGGAGGCCCAACCUGUCCCACCUGGGUGAGGACCCAGCCUUCUGACUCAGGCCCCAUGCUCUGCCUUCCCUGUACACCUGUGCAAAACUAUCAAGGCAGGUGGCAGUGAGGGAACAUGCAAGGGAGGCCACCUGCCUGGCUGGUCGGUGGUACCUGGUUUCUGCCUCCAUCUCUCUCCACUGUACCCAGGGGUGAGUUCCCUGAUCUUCCCUCUGAAGACGUCCCAGCAGGGAGAGGACAUCAACCCCCUGAAGCUCAGAAUUCCACUUCAACCACAAAGUUUACAAGAACCCUUGAAGAUCUUGACAGUUUAUUAAAGGAGAAAUGGUUACUGGUUUAUUAAUAUGAGGUAAAACACCCUCACUUCCCAGGACUACUUACCAGCACGUUCCCAGGUCACCGAGGACUCCAGUGAAGGACUGUGAGACCCCAUUAAAGCUGUGUAUCAAAGGCCAGUUUGCAAACAACAAAACCUCAUGACCUUCACUUCAAAUUCAAUUCUAGUGAACUUGGCUCUAGUUUCUAUAAAUAGAGCAAGCUAAGAGAAUGGCAGCAGAUGCUAGGUGUAUAGACGUAGCAAGAAGUGGCAGCUAAUGGUCUCACAAUGAAGGUGGAUCCAUGCAUCUCAGAAGCCACAAGCCAACCGAGGCAGUGAGCGCUGCAUCCCAAUAAGCAGACAGUGGGCUGCUCAGAGGGUCAUCUGGAGUCAAUCCCCUGCCAUCUUCUCCCUAGAUACAGCCAGGACAGAUGAGGAUGUCAGCAGAGGAGCUGUGGAAGUGCUUGCCCUGGGGCCAGUUGCUGAUCUCUGUACCUGGUGUGGUUCAUUCAGGCUCUCCGUGUUUCCCAGAGGGCUUCCAUGAAUGCAGCCCGAGGAGUUGGUGGCAGCAACUCACCUCUGAGCUGCCUCCAUUGGUUCCUGCUCCAACCUUCUCUGCUCUCCUCUCCAGGAGCCAAGUCACACUGCCCGCUUCUCCACAGGGCCUGCCCCCUGGAGAAGGAAAGGGAGGACCGAGGUAGCUCUUGCUGGGAUGCUAGAAGCCCCCUCUUGUCCAGUUGAUCAGCUUUCCCUGGCCCUGGAGAGAAACGCUGAGCCAUUCUGAGAGCCUUGGGGGAGGGGGCCCUGCAGCGCUGGCCUAUUUUUAUGCAAAUGUGGCUUUGGAAGCUUUGGUUCCUACAAACUCCUGUAGCAUAAUUUUAGCUGCGUGUGAUUCUGCAGUGAUGGCUGGAACCCUAGACCUAAAAACAUCAUCAGGGUAUUUUGUGUCUAUCAGUCACUGGGUUUGAAAGACCCUCAAUUUCUACCCAAUAAAGCCAGUCAAAUGGUUCAUCUA